AUGCGCCAUAUAUUCACAGACCCGCUGGUGGAUCUCGUAUCCGUCUCCUUCCAGCACCCGUGCAGCGAGGGCGUGAGGGGUGGAAUACGUGAUGUCUGCCUCCGCGUGAACGGCGGUGAUCGCGUGCUUGUUGUGGGCCACAACGGAAGUGGCAAGUCAACGCUUCUCUCCCUCAUUGCGGGGCGGCGAAAGGCGUCGACUGGUCGCGCCACUGUCCUUGGCUCUGACGCCUUUGAUAACACGCGUCUGCAGCAGCAUGUGACGCUCAUUGGUCAGCCAUGGCCAACGGAGGCCCUAUUUGCCACUACGGUCGGCCAGGUGACCACUCCGGCUCCGCUGCCGGAACGGAGGCAACGGGUGGCCGAUGCUCUACAUCUUAAUUUAGGGCGCGCGAUCAGCAGUAUGAGUUCCGGGGAGAGGAGACGGGUUCAGAUUCUUCACGGCUUCUUACAUAAGAGCUGGGUCUACCUACUUGACGAAUGCAGCACCGACAUCGACGUUGCCGAGCGAAAGACAGUGUUGGAUCUUGUGAAGUCCGAGUGUGUUGCUCAUAAAAGUUGCUGCUUAUACGCGACUCACAUUUUGGAUGGCGUGAGUGACUGGGCGACGCACCUCUUGUUGCUUCAGAAGGGCACGGUGGUUGAUUUUAAACGGGUGUUGGACAUUAAAGAACCCUUGGAGGAGUUUGUAUGCCGCUUCCUUACCAGGCGUCAUCACCGCUUUGGCCUCACCAGCAUGCAUGCAAAAACACAAGAUGAAUGCAGCGACGACAAGAAGGUGGGAGACACAGUAACGCCCCUGUCCUUGGAAAAGGAGGCUGUUAUCGUGUGCGACCGACUUCAAUAUAAGGAUGUAUUUCGCGAUUUUUCCUUAACGGUGUACAAAGGGGAGCGUGUGUUGCUGUGUGGUUGCAACGGCGCGGGGAAGUCGACCCUGAUGAACAUGAUGGGUGGGAAACAGUUCUUCAACAACCGCGCCCGAUCUCUCUGUAUUCUUGGGAAGGCCUCUUACGAUGACAUGACGCUGAACAGUCUCAUUGCGUUCGGCGGUGACUGGUGGGUUACCGCACCGCCAGGGGAAAUGCACGUGCAUGAGAUAAUGCAAAUCAAAACACCACGGGCAGAGCGGUUACGCGAACUACUUGAAGUGGACUUGUCUUGGGAUGUCCGCCACAUUUCCGCAGGUGAGCAGAAGCGUGUGCAGCUUCUUUUUCACUUACUAGAAGACAAGCCUAUUGUUCUUCUUGAUGAGGCCACUUCCGAUCUCGAUCUUGACCAACGCCAUGGUCUGUUAUCAUUUUUAUACAGUGAAAGCGUCAAUCGGGGUGUGACUGUCGUGUACGCAACUCACAUCUUUGGUGGACUUGAGGAUUGGCCUUCAGCUGUCGUGAUGCUUGACCGGACGACGCAGGGUCUUCAUGCGUUGUGGCGCGGAAACGAUGUGAAAUGGAAAGAAGUCACAAAGGAGCUCUUUGCUUUAAAGAGCAGGGAGAAUUUUUGA